CACUAGAAGCAGAAGCACAUUGCAGUUGGCCAGUGAGGAGAGAUUUUCCAGUUCAUUGUCUUUGGUAGAGAUCUGAGGGAUCCACAGAGAAGCGUGUUCACUUAAACAUUAGAUAUUUUAUUGUCUGACUGGCAUAAUGUCCAGAGUUGCCAAUCUGUCAAAGCUGCGACAAGAGAGGACGAGGGAAAUCAACCUGCGGAAUAAAGAGAGAGAGCGCAUGAGGGAGCGAGAAAAGGCAGCAAGAGAGAGGGACGCACGAUACAGCAAUGGUCACCUCUUUACCUCGCUGACAGUGUCGGGAACCACACUCUGUUCAGCAUGCAACAAAAGUAUUACUGCCAAGGAAGCACUCAGCUGCCCUACAUGCAAUGUCACUAUCCACAACCGCUGUCGAGACACUUUACCAAACUGCACCAAAAUGAAACAGAGGCAGCAGAAGACAGCCCUAAUGCGAAAUAACCCAGCCCUGCAGAGUGUCACACUGCGCACAAAAACCCCAGGAAUGCGUGAGCGUCCAACUUCAGCUAUCUACCCUUCUGACAGCUUCCGACAAUCCCUGCUGGGAUCCCGUCGUGGUCGUUCCAGCCUUUCCCUGUCCAAGAGUGUCUCCACAAACAACAUUGCUGGGACCCUGAAUGACGACUCUCCCCUGGGGCUGCGCAGGAUUCUUUCCCAGUCCACAGACUCCCUCAGCUUCAGGAACAGAGCUUUGUCAGUGGAGUCUCUCACUGAUGACGGAGACACCUACUAUACUUCAGUGUUGGAGGAGAUGGAAUUCGAGGGCCAGGACUUUAAGGCUGACUCAUGGAGCAUGGCUGUGGAUAGCAAUUACUUGCAGGCACAUCGCAAAAAUGUCAUCAAGAGGCAGGAUGUCAUUUAUGAGCUGAUUCAGACAGAGCUGCACCACAUGCGUACACUGCAAAUCAUGGAAAGGGUGUUGCGACAGGGCAUGCUGGAGGAGCUUCAGAUGGACCUGUGCACAGUGCAUGCCAUGUUCCCCUGCUUGGACCAGCUGACCAGGAUACAUUCCCAUUUCCUGGCACAACUUCUCCUCAGGCGCAACAGCAGCCUGCAGCCUGGAUCAAGCUGCAACUUCACCAUUCAUCAGCUGGGGGACAUACUGUUAGAGCAGUUCUCAGGUCAGUACGCAGAUGACAUGCGGAAGACCUAUGCCGAAUUCUGUAGCCGUCACUUGAAGGCUGUCAAAUUGUACAAGGAACUGCUGGCCAGAGACAAGAAGUUCCUGUGCUUCAUACGGCGGGUGAGUCGUGGACCCUUGCUGCGUUGCCAUGGUGUUCAGGAGUGCAUCUUGUUGGUGACUCAGCGGAUCUCCAAGUAUCCUGUCCUUAUUCAGCGCAUUCUGGACAAUACCACUGAUGAUGAAGAAGAAGCCUCCUCUCUGGCCAAGGCUCUCUCCAUGAUCAGGGAACUUAUUAGUUCAAUAGACCAACAGAUGGAGGACCUAGGAAAAACACAGCGCCUGCAAGAGAUCCAGGCCAAGCUGGACCCACGGGCUGAGGCCAGAGUUAGGGAUGGUGGACUUUUCAAGCCUGGAGAGUUAUUCCGCAGGAGACUUAUCCAUGAAGGGACCCUUUUCUGGAAAACCCCAGGUUCCCGGCUCAAAGAUAUACAGGUCUUGUUGAUGACAGACAUCCUCGUUUUUCUGCAGGAGAAAGACCAGAGAUACAUAUUUCCAUGUCUUGACAAACCUCCAGUACUGUCCCUUCAGAACCUUAUAUUGAGGGAUAUAGCCAAUCAGGAGCGAGGUAUGUUCCUCAUCAGCGACUCCUCUCCCCCAGAGAUGUAUGAGUUCCAUGCUGCCUCCAAAGAUGACAAGAACAUAUGGAUACGCCACAUCCAGCACACCGUCAGCAGGUGCCCAUCGAGAGAGGAGUUCCCGCUCAUUGAGACUGAACACAAGGCUCAUCUUAGGAGACUCAAAGCUGACCUCCAGCAGAAGGACCACGAAAUGCUGGAGCUCCUGCAGGAGAGGGUGACUCUAUUCUGUGAGCUGGCAGAGGUGACAAGUGGACAGGAGGGCCUACAACCUCCUGUCACUCGUUACUUGUUCAGGGCAGACACACCCCAAGCUCCCCGUGCAGAGAAACUUCUACUGGAUGCCACUGCUGAGGUUGACAGGUUGAGUGAGCUCCUUCAGGCUUCCAGUGUGGACCUCCCUCUUUCAUGCCAUCACAUCCACACAGAAACCAGUGAUCAGGAUCUGUUGGUCAAUGGAGCCCGUGAUCUCUUGGCACCAAAGGGUUGCCUAAAGAGUCGAGACAAGCCACUGCUCACGAGAAUCUAUCAGAGGCUGGUGAAUCUCAGUGUAUAUCUUCAUGCACUCCAGGGAGCUGUCAUCAAACAAGACUCCAUCUUGGAGCUGCUGCUACAGCCCCAGGAUACUGUGGGGUCAUCUGCUGAAGGAGUGUGGCGCCCUCUCUGGCAAGAAGGUGGAAAUCGGGAAGCCAGUGCAGGGUCAACCAUAGGGGAGCUGGCUCUCCUGCAGAGACAACACAGCCUGCUGCAGGAAGAGCUGUUGAGGCUGCGGGAUGCAGAGACCCGCUUUAAGGACAGUGAGAGAGCCCGGGCAAAGCUGGAGAGGCAGGUCCGACACAUGAAGGUCUGCAGUGGGGCAGCACCUGCCCCCCAGCAACUGGGGGAGCAGGCCUCUCAAUCUGCAUCUUUGCAGCUGGGAAGGGAGGUCUCAACCAGAGCUGACACCCCCUGGGCCAGCCAGAAAACUGCACUCCAGUCUGAUGGCCUCCAGGAUGGCAGUGAUUUGGAGGUAGACAUGACGUCAGAUGAUGAUGAUGGAACAGUUUCUGAGAGCUCCAAAGAUCUUCAAGGUAUUCCAGAGGAGAUCUGAUCCCCUGCAUGUUUCCCCGGCACUAAUGAGCUUAUAACUAUUGUCAAUAUGAACUUAUUGUCUAAAACAAUGAGCAUGUCAACAUUUUCUGCAGGUACUAAUGUUUAUUUAGAUGCUUUGCUUUAGAGCUUUAAGUACAUGGCUUGUGACAGUGGGUUGUUUUAUUUUUGGUUAUGCUUUAGAUUGUUUGAUGCUCCAAUUCCAUCCCCUGACCAAGGGAGUGCAAAACAUAUGGACACCAUUAAUAUGUAGGUGCCUACCUGACUACAUUUGGAACCCACCACAAAACCUACAGGGAUCUGCCUGUGGUAAUAGAUAGGGUUAUAGUAUUGUAACCUUUGUUGUAUUUCACCAAGGCUCCGCCCUCUACUGUCAAGACAGUGGGUGGAACCUAAUGAAAGCAAGCCCCGCCAGGACAUAACAAAGACCCAGCCACACUGAUCAUGACCUAAUUCUUUAAUUCUUUAUAAUCUAGGCCACUGCAGUGGAGAGGUAAGGGGCCCCAGCCCUCUUGGAGAUUGACCUGCAAGCUGCGUGCAUUGAGCACAACCCUCAGAUACUUCACCCGUUGGUGUGACAGGGGGCUGCUCUCCUCCCAGUUGACUGGGAACACCAACAUGGUUUGGUGGAAAAUUAUCACAGAAAGUUCCAUUGAUUUGGACAUGAUAAGGUCACUGAAAAAAAGAAGGCCCUCAUGCCAUGGUCACACAGAGGCUGAAGCGCCACAUCCUCACAUUUGCUAAAGCUACGAGUUUCCAGGGAAUAGCCAAACAGUACUUUGUUGUUCUCGUAACCUAUCCCCUAUUAGAUAAAACAUAAGAAAUCCCUGUUAUGGAGGCACCUUGAAAUAAAUGUAUACAUCUUGUAAGCCAAUGGUGGUCAAUCAAUUGCCCAUCUGAACCAGUUCCAAUAACUGUUCAUUUAGCAUAUGGAACGUUUUGCCAGCAAAUCAUCAGUUUAGGAUGUGGAGAUCCAAAAUCAUGCCCUGCUGCAAUGGUUUUCACCAGCGGGAAGCCCCAGCGCAGAGAUAUCUGGGACACUGAUGUACGAGACAUAGAAGAGAUGCUGUAGUGACAUCUGCAAAUGAAGCCAAGAUAACCAGAAGCAGCAGCGGAGUGCAGGCAGUGAGAGUAGGAGUCUCUGCAUCAUCAGUCUCAAGUUCUGGCCCACUCUCAAUGCAGCAGGGCAUAACACGUCUGAAGCUGAGCAUGUAAGCGGAGUGAAGAGAUGAGAAUUCCUGCUCUUCACGCAUGGAGCUGUACAUUCUACCUGCUCCGAGGCAAUGCAGGCCACUCCACUAGUUAUCGCUCCGACUCAAAUCCCUUAGUGCUCACUCAAGAAAAAGAAAAUAAAUUCAUCUGCCUUGUAUUUUAAUUUUAGCUUCUUUGACUAGAGAGCGUAGGGGGUCCCUCGUCCUCCUCUUCCUCAUGUUCAGAGCUGCUGCUGCUAGCCCCUGCAGACGCCUCACUAUCCUCUUAUUCCAUGUCAGGGAGAAAGGUAAAUCCUUUUAUCAGGUUGCUGGCACUAUCAGUCACAACCCGAAUCACACACCAUUACACGUUCCAGUUUUUCAGUACACUUUUGUACUUUUGGUAAAUGCAAUUCCAGAGUGAUUUUUUUUACCAACUGAAACAAUGUUGCCACAUUCUUUCUCCUGAACCAUAUCAUUUUCAUCUGUUACUUUUACAAUAAUAUUAACACCUGUAUGUAUGACUUCUCAGCUUCCUUGGUCAGACAUGCUUCAGACACAUGGUGUGAGCAGUACUGGAGUGAAAUUGGAGCAGGAUGGAGCAAGAGAUACGGGGAUGCUGCAGCUUUUUAUAAAAGGUACCUGUGCUCCAGCCAAAUCCUUCCACUCCUGCACCCCCCUCGCUCCCGCUCCACUCCACUCACAUGCCCAGGUCUGCCAAUCAGGUCUGCUGAUGCUUAUUCUUGGGAAAUUAUCAGUAAAACUCACAGGGAGUUGGCCACUGAACACUGCUGUCUGCAUGGUCUGUACAGAUGCACUUGAAGCAACAGUCAUCAAGGUCUGGUCCAGCUAUGAGGCCAGGACAUGACAGGCACUGACAGGGUUUUAGAAGUGGCAACUUCGUCUUUGGAGGAAGCUGUCCAGGGUGCAAUAUGCCAUUGCUGAGGAGGAAAAGGGUGCCUGAUGGCAGGCAAGCCACCUUCCUAUAUAUUGUGGGUUCCACAUGUAUUCAUGUAGGCAUGCCUUCAUUGGCCUGCCAUUUUUAUUCAAAUUUAGCGUGUGAAUGCUUGCUUGUGAUUGGAGCAGUAGUAUUACCCAACUAGUCCAGUAAAGGGCAGAGCCUGUACAAGAUGAAAUAAACACAAUCUAAAGCAA